UAAUUAACCCACCACAACAUACAAAAAACAACAUCUUCAAUUAUCUAUAUACUCAUCAAGCAAACCAUAUGAAGCUUGUUUUGUCACUCACCCUUUCCUUCCUUAUAUUUGCUUUCAUCACCACUCUUUCAUUAGCUUUCUCUAAUGAUGAGCAAGUAUUGGACACAAAUGGUAACCCCAUUGUCCCAGGCGGUGAAUACUACAUUUUUCCGGCAACUCAAGACCCCUAUAAAGGUGGACUACGACUUGCAAAAACCGGUGAUUCAAAGUGUCCAGUUACUAUCUUGCAAAAUGAAAAUAUCACAGGUUUACCAGUGAAAUUUACCAUACAAGGAAUAAGCAAUGAUAUAAUCAUGACAGGUACCGAACUUAAGAUUGAGUUCACUAAGAAGCCUAAUUGUGUCAAAUCAUCACAAUGGUUGAUGUUUUUCGAUUAUGAUGCUAGUAGUUUUAAUGUUAUUAUUGGUGUUGACGAAUACAUUCCUGAAAUAAUAAUAAUUGAUGGCACAUUUUAUAUUCAGAAAUAUGGAAAUGCUUAUAAGCUUGGAUUUUGUAAUGAUGAUAUGGGGGAACAAAAUUGUCUUGAUAUUAUGAGAUGGAAUAAUUCCAAAGAUGGUGGAUCACGUUUGAGAUUGAUUUUGAAAGCUGAACAAGAAGUCCAAGACCCUUAUCCGGUUGUGUUUGUUGAUGCUCCUUCUUUUGAAUCUGGAAUUCUUAUGAAUGUGAGUCUUUGAAUGUUAGUCUAACUAGAAUGCAUUCAAUAAGUGAUGUAAAUAUUGUUGUUCCUUUAGUGUGUUCCUUUCUCAAUUAAUAAUAAGGCGACGUCUAGGCUACCCUUGAAGAAUUGUAUGUAAGUUACCUAAUGAUCAAUGAGAAUAAGUCACACAUGUAUGAUUAAAUAUGUGAUACUCACAAAUUAA